AUGAUGUCAGAGUCCUGUUCCAAGAAUGAGGGCGAGUACAGCCAUUGCUCUGCCGUCAGUGUGAGUGGCAACGGGGAUUCUCUUUAUGGUGGGAAGCGUCGACGCCGUAGUUUUAAUGGGCCGUCACGCCCCAUCCUUAAGAUAUUCGGGAGGGAUGAGAGAGAAACAAUAGGCCCCGUUGACCCGAGAAAUGCCAAUAGUUCUGCCUUCUCACGGAGCUCCAAUGGGGGAAUUUAUCCGCCUUUCCGUGAGCAACGCUACACCCUCCGCCAUGACACCUUUAGCCUCAGUAGUGAUGUUUUUAGCAGCCGUGAUUCUAGUAGCGGUUCCUUCAUGCAAGGCAAAAACAUUCAUAGCAGGAGCAAAGACUUCCCCGUGCUUCAGCCUAAGCAAAAAGAGCAACCACAAGGACAGUUGGCUUUUUAUACGGAGAAGACAGCCCAAAUCAAGGAGGGUUUUUCCUCCCUAUCCAUGUCGCAAAUUCUUCCCCUGGAUGAGUCACCUUCCCCUGUGAAUGAGAAGGCAAAUGGGAGUGCGAAGGACAAUGUGAUGGAGAGUGGUACAAAUGCCACAAAUGUUGGUACCUCUAUCCCAGAAUUUGCACCCCAGAGUAAGGCAACGGCAGGAAAUAUCCAGCAGAAAUCCUGGAGCAUAGAUGGAAGCGCUGCACGUCAGUUCAUCGGUUUCUCCCACUCCACGUUGUCUGAGUUAACUUGUGUACAACUUUCGCCUUUUGAGAUGCCUGUCUUUCCAAAUAUCGAUUCGUUAGGAACAUCGGUUGCCGCCGAUGAGAAUUUCAAAAAAGAAGUGAAGGAAAAAGAAAAGGAAUGUCAGCAGCAAAAAAACGGACGGCCGAUUUGCGUUGCGCCAAAGGAAGAGUCUCCGUUAGCGUGGAGUUUCAACACCACAUCUCGAGAAAUGCCCAUUAUGCAUCAGUUGCCUCCUCUUUUCGAUGAUUGCGAUUCGGAAAGAGAACGUUGUAAAUUUAUUUGCCAUCCAUUUCUUUUAUUUAUUUUGCUUGGUCUUCUGUUGCCAUUUGCACUUCAGGAAUUGUUUGUGGUGGUAAACCACUUUGCGACGUCUGGACCAAUUAUUUGUGGUGGAGUGAAAUGUGUAUGCUCCUUGGAGGAUGUAUUAUUGUAUAUCUUUGCCUACGGAAUACAUAUGUAUAUUCCCUUUGCCCUUUUUUCGCCCACAUUAUUUUUCCUUUCGUAUGAUGUGGUUUUGCAGAAGGCGCGGGAAAAAGAGUUACGGGCCCGCAUGGAAUGUUACGCUGUGCCAGAGCACACAUCCUCUCACCCUUGUCCUCACACAGCCGACCGCAUAGCUGCGUCCUCUCGGCAAGGCGGUGGAGACAGGGAAUUUCCUCGUGAAACAAACGAUUUUUCUCUUCUUCAUUGGGAUUUACCCUCAUGUUUUAGCAUUAUGCGUCGGGGGGCAGUAUUUUGGAUAAUUGUUGUGGCACGUUUUGUUUUAUUAGCCAUAAUGGAUACACAAUUGCCUCUUAUGUCCAAAGUCCCCGUUGCUGUGUGGGGACCCAUGCGGUUAGUAGCCUUAUCGUUGCCGCUUAUAAUUUAUUCACUUUACGAGACUCGACCUUUUUUUGCCGUGCCGUAUGUUUUAUUAGAUGCCUUUCCUCUAUUGUUUCAGGUUAUUUUGGGAGACAAUAACAUGCCGGUAAAUACACGUUGCAUGGCAGGCCCGAUGCUUUUGGUUGUACUUGAAAGGUGCUUGUGGUAUGUGUCAGUCACGGCUAUACCAGAAGAAGUACCUGUGGGUGUUAAAAUAACCGUUAGUGCAACCUUUACUGCUAUGUAUUUUGUGUUAAUUCUGGCAUUAUCACUUCUUGUGGAUAUUAAGAAUGGAUUUUAUGUGGCUAUUGUUAUGGCUUUGCAAGUAUUUUUUUUAGAGCUACUUUUUAAUAUACUCUUACUGGAACUUCUUGCAUUUCGCCUUUAUACUUUUGUGAUGAAAUCCGUGUUUCGCCGAACGGUUGAGUUACCUCAAAUGAAAUGCACAGAUUCAACAAAUAUAUCCACACAAGUACGUUGGCCAACUUUGAUAAUUGCAAUUGGUGCUAUUUCUCCAUUUUUUCAGUUUCAUCAAUGGCCCCGAGCAAUACCACAUAGCGAUUGCCAUGGCAUUUUAUCAAAAAAGAUUAUUGUACACAUUGGAAUGUUCUUUAUUGUCAUUGGCGUUAUUAUACUGGCUACCGUGAUUACACUUAUUGCCCGCUGGAAACAUGAAGUACUUCGCAUGCCGUUAAUUUUGGAGGAUUGGUUUCUGUUAUUCAUUUGGGGAUGGUACGUUUUUUCUUCUGUCCCGUUGGCGUUGGCAGCUGUAUUUUGA